UUAGAGAUGAGGAAGUUUUUGGUUCCAAGAGCAAGUAUUGAGAAUGUGGAAAUUGUUCAACCGGAAGCCGAAGUAGAACCACCGCCUAAUGUGGCCAAUGAGUUUAAUCCAAACGAGAUUGUGCGUGAUCCGGGUCGUAGGAAACAAAUUAAUGAGUAUGCUCCGAAUAUUCAAGACGAAGUCAGAAGGGCAUAUAUGUUGAAGGGUCCAAUGCAACCAAAAUUGGCAAAAUUUCCUCGUACUGGAUUUGGAAAAGUUUCAAGAGGAUUUUCUAAACUAUGGUAUGAUAAGAACCCAUGGUUAGAAUAUAGUGAGUUCAAGGAUGCAGCUUAUUGUUUCUAUUGCUUUCUCUUUAAGCAACCCGGUAUGGCCGAGCACUUUGGUCAUGAAGCCUUCACCAAAGACGGAUAUAAAGAUUGGAAACAUGCAUGUCAAGGUUUGAAAGAUCAUGUUGGUAGUCAUGGUAGUAGCCACAACUUAUGUGUCGAGCGCUAUGAUGAUUUCAAGAAUCAAAGACAAAGUGUGACAAGUAGCCUUGCUAGAGCAACCAAGGAAUCAGAAGAGUUAUAUAAGAUUCGUUUGACUUCUUCUUUAGAUUGUUCAAGAUAUCUCAUUGCACAAGGCAUGGCUUUCCGUGGCCAUGAUGAAUCAUCCUCUUCUCUAAAUAAGGGGAAUUUUUUAGAGAUGGUAGAUUGGCUAAAAUGUAAGAAUGAACAAGUUAGAGAUGCUUAUGACCGUGGCCCAAAAAAUUGUACAAUGACUUCUGGUAACAUUCAAAAGGAGCUUGCAAUGUGUUGUGCAAAUGAAGUUACCACUAAGAUUAUGGUAGAGCUUGGUGAUAGAAAGUUCUCUGUGCUUAUUGAUGAGUCACGUGAUAUAUCCGUCAAAGAGCAAAUGGCGGUGAUGUUGAGGUUUUUGAAUGACAAAGGGGAGAUUGUGGAACGAUUUCUUGCUCUACAACAUGUCAAAGAUACUACAUCCGAGGCACUAAAGGAUGCUCUUUAUGGUAUUCUUGAUCGUUUCAAUUUAUCUAUUUCAAAGAUACGAGGGCAAGGAUAUGAUGGAGCUUCAAAUAUGAGAGGUGAAUAUAAUGGUUUGCAAAGAAAGAUUUUAGAUGAAAACCCUUAUGCUUUCUAUGUCCAUUGCUAUGCUCAUCGUUUGCAAUUGGUGGUUGUGUCUGUUGCUAGUAGUUGCUCAUCUAUUCAUGAUUUCUUUGAGUACAUUUCCUUGAUUGUGAACACAACAAGUGCAUCUUGUAAGAGAAGAGAUUCAUUGAGGGAGACACAACGCAAAGAUAUUUUGGAUAGUCUUGAGAAAGGUGAGAUAUCUACAGGAAGGGGCUUGCACCAAUCAUCUAAUCUCGCAAGACCUGGGGAUACUAGAUGGGGUUCACAUCAUAUUACCUUGAUUCGUUUGGAUCAAAUGUGGUCUUCUGUGUUAACGGUGCUUAAUAUGGUUGAUGAAGAUGGACGUGGACAAUCUCAAGCAGCAGGUUUGAUAUUAAAAAUGGAGAGCUUUGAAUUUGCUUUCAUUUUGAAGCUUAUGUUAAAGUUGUUUGGUAUCACAAAUGAGCUUUCAAAAACCUUACAACAAAAAGAUCUUAAUAUUGUGCUUGCCAUGGAAUUAGUUCUUGUUGUCAAAGCUCGGUUGAAGACAUUGAGAGAUAGUGGUUGGGAUGAAUUAUUUGGUGAUGUCCAAGAAUUUUGUGGUCAUCAAUGUAUUCCGGUGCCAAAUAUGGAUGAAGAAAUACCGGUUCGGGGUCGUUCAAGGAAAGAAGGUAGGACUAUCACUAAUCUUCACUAUUACCGUGUAGAGAUUUUUUAUGUUGCUAUUGACAAAAUAUGUGUGGAGAUGGAUCACCGCUUUAGUGAAGGAACUAAUAUUGUGCUUGAUUGUUUCUCAUGUCUUGACCCCAAUAACUCUUUCUCCAAGUUUAAUGUUGAUAAGCUUGCUCAUCUUGCUAAUAUUUAUCAUGAAGACUUUUCUGAUGAUGACCGUGGAACAAUAAAGGAGCAACUUGCCACUUAUAUACUUCAAGUGCAAAGACAUGCUUCCUUUUCUACUUGUAAUGAUGUUGCAAGUUUGGCUAUGAAGAUGGUUCAAACUGAGAAACAUUUGUUAUUUCCAUUGGUCUACAAACUUAUGGAGUUGGCUUUGAUAUUGCCGGUGUCGACAGCAUCUGUUGAAAGAGCUUUUUCAGCAAUGAAGCUUAUCAAGUCUAAAUUGCGCAACAAGAUCAACGAUGAGUGGUUCAAUGACUUGAUGAUAUGUUACACCGAGCGGGAGAUAUUCAAGUCACUUAAUGAUGUUGAUAUUCUUCGAACACGCAAAGAGGACUCGGAGAAUGCAUUUGCCCCGUGAUUUUACUUAGUACACUAUUGAUAUGUUCCAUUUUUUUCUUAUCUUGUAUUUACUUCUUGGAUGUGUGGUUUAUAAUUAUUUAUAAAUUGUAGUAUGUGGAUUUGCGGUUUUAAAAUUUUUCCAGACUUCCCAAAAUUUCUGGUUCCGCCACUGCGUUAUUGCACUCUCGGUUGAUGUCAAUGGGACUUC